GCAUCCCUGGCUUGUUUUACCACGCAGAGGCCGGCCGAGGGUACUGGAUACUGGACAGUAGGCCGCGGCAAUGGCUCGUGAGGAAGAGCGGAAGGUCGGAAAGCGCCGACCUCAGCUCCCUCCAGCGGACGCUGCAGGGCGAGGAGCUCGGACCAUCUCCGGCAGAGUUUCUGCCGCUGACAGCGGCCGACACCGAGGCUCAGGCCAUCUACGACGAGGCAGUGAAGCUUAGCGAGGCAGGGAAGCUCUCAGAGUCGAUAGAGAUGUUCAAGCGGGCCGCCGAGCUAUCUGAGAGCUUAGCAUAUCACUACAAGCUUUAG